CUAAUUCCUUAAACAAUUAUAUCACAUGUCACGAAUCUACCAAAUAUAUAUUGCAUAACUCAUUAAAGAAUAUACGUCCAUAUGCAACUAAUACUGACAAUUUGCCACACCACAUAAAGAUCACAUUGCCUGCCCUUUCUCCUACAAUGGAUAAAGGAACUUUAGCUAAAUGGGAAAAGAAGGAAGGGGAUCCAGUCUCGGAGGGUGAUUUAUUAGCAGAAAUUGAAACUGAUAAGGCAACUGUUGGGUUGGAAGCUAGUGAAGAGGGUUUUGUGGCAAAAAUUUUGAUACCUAAUGGCACCAAAGAUAUUCCUCUGGGAAAAUUGUUGUGCAUUGUUGUCCCAGAGAAGGGAGAUAUAGCAGCAUUUAAAAAUUUCAAACUCAGUGAGGAUGAUGAUAUUCCUGAACCCAUUAAUGUUAAGUUAUCACAGGAUGAAAUCUAUAUGAGAGGCAAGCAAGAAGAACAUAAACCUGAAUCAUCAAAGCCACCACAAUCAAUACCCAUUCAACAAGAGGAAGAAAAGGACGAGAAAAUAGAAUUUCAGCAGCCGCCUGCUCAAUACGGCCAGUCGUCAGGACUGGACUCAAAAAAAUCGUCCUUGAAAUCCCCCGCUACCCCAUUCGCGAAAACAUUAGCCGCUCAAAAGGGUGUUGCACUCAGCGGUAUAGAGGGAACUGGACAAGAAGGAACUAUAACAAGUCAAGACAUACUUAAGCAGAGCCCUCUUCCGUCUCAUUUACAAUCAAUGAAGUCUUCUCCCGGUUCGCUCAAAACUCAGAGUCAUCAAUCUUACGUGGACAUUGAUCUCAGCAAUAUGCGACAAACUAUAGCUAGAAGAUUACUUUAUUCUAAACAAUCUAUCCCACAUUACUACUUGACUAUGGAAAUAAAUAUGGCACGAAUUGAUAAAGUUCGCAAACAAUUCAACGAAAUAUUGGAAGAUGAUGAUGUUAAAUUGUCCAUCAACGAUUUCAUUAUUAAAGCGUCAGCCCUGACCUGCUUUUAUCAUAAGGAAUGCAAUUCUUCAUGGAUGGAAACGCAGAUUAGACAAUACUAUAAUGUUGACGUUAGCGUGGCUGUUAGUACCUCUGCAGGCCUAAUAACUCCUAUUAUUUUUAACGCCGAAUCUAAAGGAUUAAAAACUAUAAAUCUCGAAAUGAAAGAUUUAGCCGCUCGCGCCAGACAAGGGAAACUCAAACCUCAAGAAUUUCAAGGCGGUACUUUUACCAUCUCUAAUUUAGGAAUGUUUGGAAUCGAUGAGUUUACUGCCAUCAUAAAUCCGCCCCAGGCUUGCAUUUUAUCUAUCGGAACUAGUAAUAAAAAAUUGAUCGAGGAUUCUAAACAAGAUAAUGGGUUUAGGUCAGUACCCGUUAUGAAAGUUACUUUAGGCUGCGAUCAUAGAUUGGUUGAUGGAGCUGUCGGGGCGAAAUGGUUGCAAUAUUUCAAAAAAAUCAUGGAAGAUCCUGUCAAUAUGUUAUUGUAAACCAUAACAUAUAAAAUUAUCAAUUUUAAAGCAUUUAAUAUUUAAAUAAAAACUAAUCAAUUAUUUAAAAAUAAAACGGUUUUACUAUUUUCAUGUUUUUUUGUGAAAUUUGCAUAUUAUUAUUUAUAUCCUUUAUUUUCUUUUUUUCGACGUUAGUGAAAUUUAUAUAAUUAUAUAAAAUUUCUAAAUAUUUAAUUUACAAAAUUCCAAUAUAAUUUUUUUCC